UUGAAUGUCCCACGCUGCAGUGAAGUUUUAGAUACAAAACUUUGUUUGUAUACCAUCUUGAAAAAUGCUCGUCGACGAGAUGACCAGCAGCAGCUUCGUCAAGAAGAACAACAGCUACAGCCACUGUCCGCUGAAAAAGCGGCCGGUGACAGUAGUCAUGCCCCCCACGGAGGAGUGGCAGCCGGCCAAAGCCGAGAUCAAAGAAGAAGCAGUCGACGGAGCGGACGAGGUCCAAGAGCCGGAGAACUUGAGCACAAAGCCCGAGGAUCUGAGAAAAACGGCCCCAAAGAGGCAUCGUUCGGUCUCGCCUCCACCGACGCGCCCGGAGCUCGUGCACUACCCGGCAGCUGCCGUCAAGCGUUCCCCGUCUCCGUGCGCGGUGCAACAACACUCCCAGAAGUCGAUCGUCCCGGCCUCGCCGGUCUCGAGCUCCCCGCUCGUCCAGCACCAUCACCAGUCCCCAACAAUGCCAUCGUACCAGCUCAACUACCCGCUCUACCCGACCAAAGCCAACACCCCACCGGCCGCGCCGAUGCCCAUACACCCGGCAGCCAAGAGGGUACGAGUCGAGGUGCUCAAGCACGACGCCAGCCCCGCGACCGUCAGUGUUCCGCUGCACCACCACCACAGCCACUUUAUGGCCGGCAGCGGUAGUCCACCUACAACGGCCAACGAGCCCGCGUCUUACGGCCCGCUGGGCUACGGGCGCGCCGCCCUCCACCACCCGACGCCCCUCCUGCCUUACGCGCCCUACUGUUACCCCGAGGCCGUCUACUCCACCGGCUUCCACGUGGCCGCUUACGCGCACCACUCAUCGCCGGAGCACCACCACCACCAACAGUCCGUGUCGCCGUCGCCUCCGCACCCGACCCUCACCAGCAACAGCUAUGCCCCCUUGGGCAGCGCCGUGCAGCGACCCCGGCCCUACUGGGCCAGCCCCGAGCACUGCGGGCUGUCGCCCACGGGCUCGUUGCGCUCGCCACCCCUCGUCACCCCCGAGGAUCUGUCCUCGCCCGGUAGCGACAGCGGACGCUCCUCCGCGGGCAGCACCACGGUCGGCAGUAGCUGCUCCUCCCACAUCAAGAUUAAGUCGCCCGUCUCCUCGACGUUUGGCUCAUCAUCCUCUUCCUCCUCCUCUACGUCGUCGUCUUCGUCGCUGUCGCUGACGUCACCGGGUUCGCCGCGCUACAAGUGCCCCGACUGCCAAAAGUCGUACUCGACGUACUCGGGCUUGUCGAAGCACCAGCAAUUCCACUGCUCGGCGGCGGAGGGCCAGACCAAGAAGAGCUUCAGCUGCAAGAACUGCGAGAAGGUCUACCAGAGCUUGGGCGCCCUCAAGAUGCACAUAAGGACGCACACCCUGCCGUGCAAAUGCGACAUAUGCGGCAAAGCGUUCUCGCGGCCGUGGCUGCUCCAGGGCCACAUAAGGACCCACACGGGCGAGAAGCCCUUCGUCUGCCAGCACUGCAACAGGGCCUUCGCCGACAGGAGUAAUUUACGGGCCCACCUGCAGACCCACAGCGACGUCAAAAAGUAUUCGUGCGCGAGUUGCAGCAAGACCUUUAGUCGGAUGUCCCUGUUGACGAAGCACCAGGAGGGUGGCUGCCCGGGGGUGCCCGUCUCGGGAGUCUCGGUUCCCGUGCCCGUCCCCUACGGAUGUUGA